AUGCAGCAUGCGAAAACCUUGUUGGCUUCUCGACCACCCAUUCGGACCUCUUCAAACGUCAUCAGCUUCUCCCAGUGCGCGAUCUCAAGCUUCUGGUCCGAGAUUAUACUAGACUCUUAUGGUGAAGAUAACGAUAAAUUGAGCCGGCUCAUUACGUUGAAACGGAGAACUGCCGAAUCCGUUUCCACGUCUACUAUGGCGAUCGAUCAACUGAUGGAUUGUUUCGUGAAAGGCGCUGAGGGUGCUUUAAAUAAGAAGGCCAAUUUUGAUUAUCUCUCCUAUUUAUUCGCCGAUCUCUCCAAAUCUGAGAUAGGGCGCGCAUAUUUUACCACCCGACAGGAUUAUGAUGGUGUUGUCCCUGUCACUAAAUUAACUGUCUUCACUGAGCAUGAAAGUACAGUUCGGAGAAAGGGUGUGGCGUCAACGAUUAAAAAUGUCGCUUUCGACAUUCCGUUUCAUCCAACUCUGCUCUCCGCAGACGAUGCCAAUCUACUCCCUUACGUGUUGCUGCCGAUUACAGGGCCGGAGGAAUUCAGCGAGGAAGAGUCAAUGGCAAUGUUGCCAGACCUGCAGCUGCUACCCCCAGACAAGCGGAGAGAUGGUGAUAACAGCAUCAUUGUAACGCACCUGGAGACAUUGCUACUACUGACAACGACACGAGAAGGUCGUGACAAAAUGAGGGCUAUCAAUGUGUAUCCCAUCAUCCGGGAAUGCCAUCUCCAUGUUGAUGAUGAAGGUGUACGCGAAGCCUGUGACAGGCUAGUCCAGGUGCUGAUGCGUGAUGAGGAAGGAGAAGGAGAUGCCAGCCAAGCUCGAAUUGACGGCACAAGUUCUAUCUCUUCAAAGUCAGAUAAUUAUAUACAGCAAGGGUCUGAACAGAAUGGAGACGAGACGGUUGUGGAAUUGUUCUAA